CCCCUUGGCCUUACCCUCAAUUCAGCAAUCGCAGAUCGCCGCACAUACUCCAUGGGCAGCGGUACUGUAGCCGUGCCUUACCUAGGCUCAGUUUCCAUCGAAACCUCUCGCCGUUCACCUCGGCCUGGUCCUCAAUCCAGCAAGCGCCGUACCGUUCCUCGCUCAGUUUCACAGCAACCGCAAGUCACCACCCAUACUCCACAGUCGGCAGUAUGUGUCCGUACCGUACCUACGCUCAGUUUCACCGAGAACACGCAUUCCCCGGUCAUGUCUAUCUCUUCCCCGUUCUAUUCUACUGUCCCCAAUUUUCCCACUCCCUUGACCCCUUCUCGCGUGCUCGCUCAUGCAACCGCCCAUACUUUCAGCACCGUGUGGUUUACUUCACUCUCUGUAGAGAAGAUUGCUCUCUUCUUGCUCAAAUCCUCCUCUUCUGUUCCAACUCUCAUUCUAUUCUUUUGCUUCCUCUUUCUCCCCGUCACCGCUGCAGUCGUCCGUCGACAGAGGAAGUACUGCACACUCUGAAAACGGAAGCAAGAGAAGGAAUGAAUUUGCACCUCUCAACUUCUGGCCUUCUAGGAGUUCCAGCAAGAUCUAAUUUUAGUAGAUACGAGGCUAGAGUUAGAUUGAAUGACUGCAGUUUAGCUGUCCCAUUUCAUACUUGCCUGAAAGGCUGACAUUUUGCAAGUUCCGAGCUAG